UGUGGCAGGUGGUGCUGGCACUGGUUUGAACUGGUUGACUUUUCACUGAGCAGACCUUUGUUUCCGUGGGAAAUGCCAUAUGGAGCCCGCAGCCUCACGCUCGCCCCAGGGGAGCGCUUGGCAAGAGGAGCGGAUCCCGCCCCAUAAAUGCAGGUGCAGAUCUUUCCUCUCGCAGAGACCUUGCACAGCACCACAGCCAGGAGGGCUGCUACUCUGCCAUCUGCACAUGGGAUGACAGCCUCGAAGCAGGUGCUGUCGCUGCUGGUUGCAGCUCUCCUGCUGCACAUGGCCACCAUGCUGAAGAUCAGUGCUUUCAACAUCAAGGCAUUUGGGGACAGCAAGAUGUCCAACCAGACCAUCGCAGAUAUCAUCGUCUCUAUCCUGUCAGGAUAUGACAUCACCCUGGUGCAGGAGGUCCGGGAUGCUGACCUGAGUGCCGUGAAGAAACUCAUUGACCAGCUCAACAGCAUGUCCCCACACCCAUACAGCUUUUUGGAUAGCAUCCCCCUGGGCCGGACCACCUACAAGGAGCAGUACGUCUUCAUCUACAGGUUGGACAUGGUCUCAGUGCUGGAAAGCUACUACUACAAUGACAGCUGUGGCUCCGGUGGGACCGAUGCCUUCAGCAGGGACCCCUUCAUUGUGAAGUUCUCCUCACCCACCACGCAGGUGGAGGAGUUUGUGAUGGUUCCUCUGCACGCCGAGCCCAGCAGCGCAGCAGCAGAGAUCGAUGCACUCUACGACGUCUAUACUGAUGUUGUCAACAAAUGGGCUACCAAUGACAUCUUCCUCCUGGGCGACUUCAAUGCGGACUGCUCCUACGUGACCAGCGCUCAGUGGCAGUCCAUCCGCCUGCGCUCCCUCGAUGCCUGCGAGUGGCUCAUCCCCGACAGCGCCGACACCACCGUCAGCGACACCAACUGCACCUACGACCGCAUCGUCGCCUGCGGCACCGCGCUGCGUCGGGGCAUUGAGCCCGGCUCUGCCACCGUCAAUGACUUCCAGAAGACUUUCCACCUCCAGAGCAAGGAUGCUUUGGCUGUCAGUGACCAUUUCCCAGUGGAGGUGACCCUGAAAUCCCGCUGAGCCCAUCCCCAUGCUGGCUACCAGGACACCCCAACAUGCACCUGCAUCCCUGAUGGGAGCCCAUGCACCACCAGUGCCAGCCAAGCUGCCUGCUGUCUCCACAAGGAUGUCCUCAGGGUCCUGUGGGAGUGGGAUACUCUCUGUUGCCAUUAAA